AUGAAGUCGCCUCCAAAGAUUGCCAUUGUCGGCGCCGGACCUGUCGGGUCUUUGGCCGCUCUUUAUGCUGCGCAAAGAGGUUUUGAGGUAGAGCUGUACGAGUUGAGACCAGAUUUGAGGAAUCCCGGCAUCAUACCUCUGAAUUUCACACGUUCUAUCAACCUUGCAGUAUCUGAACGUGGGAUCAAAGCGAUGCGAGACUCCGGCAACUCGGAUCUAUUGAAACAUGUUAUGAGAGCGACAGUACCAAUGAGAGGGCGGAUGAUACAUGGCCGAGGACCAUUGGGAGACUUGUACGAACAUUCUCAGGACUACGACGCGAAGGGAAGGGCCAUUUAUGCCAUUGAUCGUGCUGGUCUGAAUGAGCGCCUGUUGGACAUCCUCGAUGCCAUGCCAAAUGUCAAACUACUGUUCAACCACAAGCUCACAGGUGCCGACUUUCGCACGCAAAAGGCAUGGUUCGAGAGGAAAGAUCGCAUAUCGCCGGACAAUGGCAGGCCGCAAGAGAUUGAGAUCAGUUUCGACUUGAUGAUUGGCGCCGAUGGUGCUCACUCCGCCGUCCGUUAUCACAUGAUGAAGUUUUCUCGCAUGGAUUACCAACAAGAAUACAUUGACACCCUAUGGUGCGAGUUCUAUCUGCCGCCGAGGAAGCUAUCUGAAGGCGAGGAUCGUGAAAAUGCAUUUUGCAUUUCACCCAACCAUCUUCAUAUCUGGCCGGGUCAGGAUUUCAUGUUCAUCGCCAUCCCGAGCGAGGAUGGAUCUUUCACAUGCACCCUGUUUCUGCCAAGUGGACAAUUCGCGAUGCUCGAAAGGGAUACUGCUGCACUACCCUCCUUCUUUGACCAGCAUUUCCCAGGUGUCACCGAUCUUAUACCCGCGGCGGACCUGAUCAAGUCCUUUGAAACGAAUCCCCAUCUGCCCUUGAUCAGCAUCAAGUGUCGCCCAUAUCACUAUGCCGCUUCCGGUGUUGUGAUUGGGGACGCAGCACAUGCAAUGGUUCCUUUCUAUGGCCAGGGCAUGAACGCGGGAAUGGAAGAUGUACGGGUCUUGUUUUCCAUAAUGGACAAACAUGCGAUCCUGGACGAGACCAAUGACCCCACGCAAGAGUCACCUGCAGCCGUGGACCCAGCAUCCCAAAGAUUGCGGGCUCUGGCUGAAUAUUCAAAAGUCAGGGCCCCGGACGCUCAUGCCAUUAAUGACCUUGCGCUGCAGAAUUAUGUGGAAAUGCGGUCCUCCGUAUUGUCCUAUCGAUACAGACUACGCAAGUACUUGGAGGAAUUCAUGAGUGUGAAUCUACCUAGCUGGGGGUGGCAGACGAAGUAUGCUAGGGUGAGCUUUAGCAAUGAGGGCUAUCGAGAGGUGAUCCGAAGGAGCGAGUAUCAGGGAAAGGUCCUAUUGAGGGCUUUUCUCGCGCUCGCUGUUAGCCCGGUGGUACUUGGGGGUGCUGCUGUGGUAUAUCGCUACAGGCGGUAUCUCAGGGAGUCUUUGCGGACUAUGCUUGCCUAG